AUGGAGUUCACUGUGGACGGCGAGCCAUUUAUGGUCUGCAAUGAGUGCACUUUCCCGGUCUGCAGGCCUUGCUACGAGUACGAGAGGUGGGAAGGGAAUCAUGCUUGCCCACAGUGCAAGACCAAGUACAGACGCAUCAAGGGCAGCCCGUGGGUGGACGGGGAUAAAGACGAAAGAUGUGAAAUCCUCGCGACGAGAUCGAGGGUUUCAGGCAUGUCGCGGCGGUGCAACUGGUAA